AAAACUCCAACCACUACAGUUCAUUUCAAAAGCCAAGAGGCAACCAGGAUGUUACGUUUUCUUGUUGCCCUUCAAAUCAUUGGCCUUGCCGUGGCGUCCUCUUCAGACUUUUCUGACAAAUGUUAUUUCAUCCCUCUCCCUUCCAUACCACCCUCCACUGCCAACCGUACCGUACCAUGGGGCGAACCAACAAUAAAAUACGCAAAUGGUACGACAUGCUGUUCUUCGCUGAACGAAAUUCGAGACAAUUUGGACACCAUUGAUGCACAGCUAUUGCAACUAUUGUCAACAAGAGCUUCGUACGUCAGAGAGGCAACCCGCUUCAAGUCCACACUUCCAGAUGUCAAUGAUCCGUCUCGGAAUGAGCAGGUGAUACAGGGCGCUGUUGAUGAUGCUCCAUCGGUGCAUUUGCCACAGAUUGUCGCUGAGAUGGUGUAUGAGGGCAUCAUCAAUUCCAGUGUACUCUUCGAGGAAUGCAUAUUCAACACCUAUGAUUAUCAUACCAAGGGUGUCGCACAAAAAUCGCUCAAGUUAGCGGACUAGAAACAUCUAAUCGUGGGGCCGAAGUUCUAAUUUUGGAUUACCAGUUCCAAUCAGGUUGAGCUCAAUUUAUGUAACGUACAAUGU